CGAGGAAGGAGGAAUGAUUCAGAAACAUCUAUAAGGACAAACGAGACACAGAGAGAAUAGAGGAAAAGUGUGACUGCUGCUGCUGGCGUCAUACUGGCAGGCUGAGAGAUUUUAUUGCUGGAUUUAAGUGGCUAUUUCCAAGGGCGCUGAGGUAAGGAUGGACACAUGGGUGGAGAGAGGGCUGAGGCGUGAACUGUCUUCUCCAGGAGAAUGACAAAAGACAGAGAAGCUACACAUCCUUAGCUUAACAUUCAAAUUGACAUUGAUAUCGUAACCUGUAUAACCUAGACAGGUCAACUGUGCAAAACCAGUAGUUUUCCACAGGGGGGUGGGAGUUACAGGUUAUAUUCACUUUCCCUAACCCUCAUCCUUCUGGGAUGGAUGGGGUGGCAGGGGGUGUGGGUACCCCCAGUAGUGCUGGGGGGUCUGGGGGUGACAGCCUCCCCAGGCGUAACGGGGACUCGAAGCGUCGCAGUAAGGGCAGCCUGCCCUCCCCGGGGUACAGACUGUCCCAGGCCUCCCUGGAGGGAGAGAAGGGCUCCGUCGGGGCCGACAGUUGUGCCUCAGGUGGGGGCCGACGUCGCCUCUCCAUCAUGAGCUCCUCUACCAGAGACGGCCUACCUUUUCGCACAGCGGGGACCCCAACCACCCCGGUGCCCCUGCCGCCACCUCCGCCCUCCUCCUCAGCCCAGGCCCAGCCUCGCUCUGUGGGCUUCGCCUCGUCCCGCGCCGCCCUUGCCUCCACCUCCUCCACCGGCACUGGGGUGGUGGUGGUGGCUACCGGCCCAGAGACCACCACCACCACGGCCUGCAACACCACUGCAGCGGGGACUCCUGAGAUGGGGGGUCUGUCUGGGAUGGGUGGCUUUGGGAUGGGUCUGGACGGAGAGGACUACAGCUACUCCAACCAGAGCACCUUCAUCCAGAGACAGUUUGGAGCCAUGCUUCAGCCUGGGGUCAACAAGUUUAGCUUGCGUAUGUUCGGGUCUCACAAAGCUGUGGCACUGGAGCAAGAAAGACUGAAAUCUGCAGGGGUGUGGAUCAUACACCCCUACAGUGACUUCAGAUUCUACUGGGACCUGUUGAUGCUACUACUGAUGAUGGGAAACCUGAUCAUAUUGCCGGUGGGCAUCACUUUCUUCAAGGAUGAGAACACUCCCCCGUGGAUCAUCUUCAACGUGGUGUCUGACACGCUCUUCUUGGUCGACCUGGUUCUCAACUUCAGGACCGGCAUAGUCAAGGAGGACAGCACUGAGAUACUGCUAGACCCCAGAGCAAUCCGCCAGCGCUACCUGAAGAGCUGGUUCUUGGUGGACUUUGUGUCAUCCAUCCCAGUGGACUACAUCUUCCUGAUGGUAGAUUUGGAGGCCCGUCUGGACUCAGAGGUGUACAGGACAGCCAGGGCGUUACGCAUUGUCCGCUUCACCAAGAUCCUGAGUCUGCUUCGACUGCUCCGCCUGUCCAGACUCAUCCGCUACAUUCACCAGUGGGAGGAGAUCUUCCAUAUGACCUACGACCUGGCCAGUGCCAUGGUGAGGAUUGUAAACCUGAUCGGUAUGAUGCUGCUGCUCUGCCACUGGGACGGCUGUCUGCAGUUCCUGGUCCCCAUGCUUCAGGACUUCCCUCCUGACUGCUGGGUCUCCAAGAAUAACAUGGUGAAUGACACAUGGGGAGUGCAGUAUUCCUAUGCCCUGUUCAAGGCCAUGAGCCACAUGUUGUGUAUUGGGUAUGGUGCCCAGGCUCCAGAGGGUAUGACUGAUGUGUGGCUCACCAUGCUUAGUAUGAUCGUGGGUGCCACCUGCUAUGCCAUGUUCAUAGGCCACGCCACUGCUCUCAUCCAGUCUCUCGACUCUUCCCGACGACAGUAUCAGGAGAAGUACAAGCAGGUGGAGCAGUACAUGUCAUUCCACAAGCUCCCUGCAGACGUACGUCAAAAGAUCCAUGAAUACUAUGAACAUCGCUUCCAGGGGAAAAUGUUUGAUGAGGAGAACAUACUGGGAGAACUGAGCGAGCCACUUAAAGAGGAGAUAGUCAGCUUUAACUGCCGUAGCCUCGUGGCUAAUAUGCCACUGUUCGCCAACGCUGAUCCUAACUUUGUGACUGCCGUGCUCACCAAGCUCCGCUUUGAAGUGUUCCAGCCUGCAGAUUUCAUUAUCCGCGAGGGCACGGUUGGACGGAAGAUGUACUUUAUUCAGCACGGACGAGUCAGUGUGCUUACCCGUGGCAACAAGGAGACAAAGCUGAGUGAUGGGUCAUACUUUGGAGAGAUCUGCUUGCUGACUCGUGGGCGGAGGACGGCCAGUGUCCGUGCAGAUACAUAUUGUCGUCUGUACUCCCUCAGUGUGGACAGCUUCAAUGAGGUGCUGGAAGAACAUCCCAUGAUGCGUCGAGCCUUUGAAACUGUGGCUGUUGACCGAUUGGACCGUAUUGGCAGGAAGAAUUCCAUGCUCCUCAGAAAGUCAUCCCAGGGUGGCUCAAUGGGGGGCAGUAUGGGUCGUGGUGGAGGUCGGGGUGGAGGGGGUCCAGGGGCAGGGGGAGGCCUUGCAAUGGGCAGUCUGGGCUCCUGUGACAGCAUACUGGUGCAGCAGAUUGUCAAACAUGACAGCAUGCCUGCCAUGCAGGACGCCAUUGCAGCCGCUGCUGCAGGAAGAGGAGGGGCCAUGGGAGGAAGUGGCACAGUGUCUCCGAGGCCCCGGCCUGUGAUCUGGGCACCACUGGUCCAUGCCCCCUUGCAGACUGCAGCCGCUACCACUAAUGUAGCUAUCGCCCUUAUGCACCAGCAGCAGCAACAGCAGCAGCAGCUACAGCAGUUACAACAGCAGCAUGCACUUGGAGGUGCUAUAUUCCUGCCCUCUCCUCUUAUCUCUCCUUCUCCCUCUUCUUCUUUCCCUCUGUCUCCUCCGCGCGCCCCUGUGUUACAGCCUCUGCGCCCCUCUGUGAGCUCCCUCAUUGGAAUGAUGGGAGUGGGAGGGAUGGGUGGCUUGUCUCCCAGAGGAGGAUUUCCUGCGUCACCCUCCCCAAUGGGCCCUCCUGGUGGGGUGACAUCACCACCUGUUGCUAAAACGCCAUCAACCCCCGCCACUGCCGUUCCAGCUUCUGUUCAACUUGGAAGGACCCUUCAUUACAGUCUCCGUCUGCAAUCUGAUCCUUCAGUAAUUGGUGGAUCCCCUGGAACGCCCACAGGAGGAGGGCCCACAACUCCACCCAUUCACAAAGUACCUACCACCAACCCCUCAGCUGCCUCUGGUGCCCCAUCAGAUGGCCAUAGUACCGUGACAAGCCAGCAGGGGGCUAAGGAGGCGCUUUUACGUCAUGGAGGAAGUGGUUCACAAGGUCUCCCUGCACUGGGCAGACUCACCCAGGAGGCCAGGCUGCUGUCUGCUUCACAGCCCACUCUGCCUCACCGCUCCUGGGCAGGAGUGCAGCCCCACCCGCCUCUCCAUCGGAAAGCCUCUGGUGGCAAUUUGCUGUCUGCUCCCUUCCUGGCAGGGCAGUUAGCCAGAGGAGGCAGUGCGGGCAUGUUGACCUCUAAUUCUACUGCUCCAGUACAGCUGAUACCAAUGCCACCCUUUAGUACACAAACACAAGCACAGUCCAUAGCUCCUAUUCCAGCCACCAUAACACAGGCUGUCUCUGCACCUGCUGCCACAUACAUACAAUCUGGCGCCCACACUGCCGCAAUCCCCACACCAACAGCUACACACAUCGCCCCUUCAGUGGCUUCUGUGCCCUCCUCUUCCCCUCCUAAGCAGACACCCCUCUCCUCUGCCACACCGUCACCCACCCCCACCCCAUCCUCUCCUACCCCUGUGCUCUCCCAGACACCACGCCCAAAACCAAUCCCUACAACUCCCUCUCGUUCCUCUUCCCCUACUCCCUGCUCUACCCCUCCUUCAGCUGGGACAACUGGGACAAGCCCACUAUCACUCUCUUCAACUCCUCGCCCAAAACCAAUCCCUACACCCUCUCCCUGCUCAUCCUCUCCCUCUCCAUCCUCCACUCCACCUCCGUCUACCCCUGUCCCGCUACCUCAGACCUAUGGGCCUAAGUCCUCUCUCACCCCCUCCUCUCCCCCCACGUCCUCUGUUACCUCUUCCCCAUCCCAUCCCCAGAGUCCCAGAGCCAAACCCACUAACACACCUCCUGCUUCCCCAUUGUCUGGAGCUAGUCCUGCCCCAACCCCUAUCCCCUCUCCAACACCGACUCCAACCCAGACCCGUACCCGCACCCCUACCCCAUCCCAAACUCCGACACAGUCCCUCGCCCCUACCUUCUCCCCAACCCCUACUCCUACUCAGACCCUCACCCCCACACUUUCCCCUUCUCCUAUCUCUGUUACCUCACCAGUUCCUAUUCAGAGCCUAACCCCAACUCAGAUUACACCUGUGAUACCAUCUCCAGGUAAAUCCCAAAGUCCUACCCCUAUCCAUCCCUCUGUUUCCAGCUCCUCCAGAGGCCCCACUCCUACCUCACCCCUUGCCCCUACCCAGAUUCCAAAACAAGCCACAUCCUUAACCCCGGUCCAAACCCCAACCCCUGCCCCAGCACUCACUACUUCUAGUCCUCCCCCCACCAAAAUAACUUUCUCAGUGCAUCCUGUCAAACAAACCCCUCCUGUACUUACUCACAGCCCCACUCCAGGCUCUAGCCAUUCCACCAAAUUGACCCCAGCAACACCCUCGGCCUCAACAACUCUGUCUCCAAACCCUACUGCCACUAAUGUGUCUCCUCCGACCACUUCCUCCAACGCCCCUUCCAGCGUCCCACCUGCCUCUCCUCAUUCCCCAAAACAAACGCCAACCACGGCAGCUACCCCUACCCACUCCUCAAAACUCAAUACACCCUCUAGCCCUGUCCAGACCUCUCAGGCAUCCCCUCUUCCACCCACCCAGCCAGCCCCAGCUGCACCUUGUCCCACAGCCACCCCUGCCAACACCACCUCCCCUAAGGGGGGUAAGAAGGACCCUCAGCUGCCCUUGACCAGAAGAGACUCAGAGGGACUAAGACACAAACUGCCUGCCAACAUGUAAGAAAAAAAGGCCCUGAGGAAGGAAAUCAUACAGAAUAAUGGACUUUUUUGUUGUUGGAGCUGAUUAAGUGCAGAGCCAUGGAUAUACAGAGCUGUGUCAGAGUUGGCACCAGGCAUCCCAUAAUAGGCCACCAUUGUCUCAUGUGGACAGUUACAUGUUUGCAUUCACUCUAGGAUGUGAUUGUCGUAGAACAUCAGGUGUUAAUGUGAUUUUCAAUGAAGCCAUCAAUCAAGAGACACUGAAAGACUUUAUAGGGUCGGUUGAUUGAGGCAAGCUAGGGUAGAAACAAAGUGAACAUCCAAAUGUAUACAUGCAUAUCUGUGUUAGUGAUUGUUGGAGCAAGCAGGGGAGCUGAAGUGGAAAAGUGUCAUAGAGUGGGAUGGAAGCAAUAGCUGAAAGUUAAAGAGUAAAACUGUCUAUGUUAAAUGUCUCUGUUUUCUUGACAGUGGAAACAGCAAUACGCUUUAGACUUUUGAGACGCUCACAAUCUAAGGGGUGCUGACUAUGACAAAGAUAAAUACGAGCAUAUCACCAUCUUGCUGCUGUUCAGAGGAAGACCUCAGUUUCAAUUGCAGGCAAUAGAACAGGCACUUCAUGGUUUCCAGCUCCACCUCCCUCUUGCCUCCCAUUCUUCACCAAAGUGUAAUAUUUUCUCAUCGGAAUAAUAACUAUAAGGAUAUAGAGUUGAUCAGUUACUGUAAAGUUGAUAACCAUAUGAAUUUGAAUAAUUAGGAGCAGUCCACUGGUAGUUUUAUCGUCCCAGGUGUGUGGUGUUUAGUUUUGGAGCAAAGACAAAGUCUUAAACCUACAUGUUCACACUGAGAAUUUCUGUAAACUGAAUUGUGUUUUUGUGUGACACAUAAUACUGCUCCCCUGUGCACUGUGGCUGAAUUGAUUUUGUUCCACCUCGCUCCCUGUAAAUACGUGCCUGAGUCAGUGUAUGCUUCCUCACCCCUUUGCCUCGUCUUUCAUCUCUGUCUGUCUCACUCCCUUUCAUCCAAUUGCUGAGCUUUGGUUGCUGUUUCUUUGACGCUCACAGACUCUCCCUUCCUCUGUUUCCCUGACACUUUGCACUCACCCUCUAUCAGCAUCAUGUCCAAUUUACUCCCUCCUCCUUCUCUCACCCACUGACACUGUUUCAGUGCCAUGUUCAGUGAUGUUUGAUGUUUUGUGUGGGUAGCAACAAUGCAUUCCUGUCUUAACCCCUGAUACCAUGUUGCCUAGACUGUAUAUUUAAGGACCAAAUGUUUUAUUUUUUAUUUAUCACAGCUUUAGCUUUUGAAAAGAAAAAAAAAAUAACAACUAGCUAAAAAUGAUGUUAAAAUGACGAUCUUGAGUAUGGUGAUGAAAGUGGCAAUGA